AUGAGCAAACUUGCUCCGUUCCUUGAUAAGGACGGACUGCUCCGUGUAGGGGGACGUCUCAAGAACUUGCUGCUGGAUCGAGAUGCAAGAAAUCCGAUCCUUCUGCCUCGAGACAGUCCGCUCUCGCUCCUGAUCAUCGAUGACGUGCAUCACCGCACUCUUCACGGUGGUGUUCAGGUCAUGCUCGCGAAGCUCCGCCAGCAAUACUGGAUUCUCGGAGACCGAGCUCCAAUAGCGUCGUUCCCGUGCACCUGGAACUCGCCACGGACUAUACUGCGCAAGGGUUCAUCGCGGCAUACAAACUUUACUGGACGUCGAGGCAUCUGUGCAACUAUUACAAGUGACUGCGGAACCAACUUUGUGGGCGCUGAUGCAGAGCUUCGUCGCUUGUUCCAUUCCGCGUCCAAGGAGAGUGCAGAAAUCGCGAAUUUAUUGGCUGCGGAUGGCACGGAAUGGAAGUUUUACUCUCCUGCCGCUCCACACUUCGGCGGCAAAUGGGAAGCAGCCGUCAAAUCGGCAAAAUUUCAUUUGAGACGGGUUAUCGGUGACACGAUCCUCACCUACGAGGAAUUCGCUACGUUGAUCAGUCAGAUUGAAUUUGUUUUAAAUUCCAGGCCUCUCUGUGCUAUUACUGAGGAUCCGGACGAUCUCGAAACGUUGACGCCAGCUCAUUUUUUAAUCGGAGGUCCUAUGACGUUAAUUCCGGAGCCGCCGUUGCAGGAUGUGCCGACUUCGCGCCUUUCUCGCUGGCAGUUGCUCCGGCAGAUGAUAGAUCGAUUCUGGCGCCGAUGGUCCACAGAAUACCUCCAGCGGUUACAGGCUCGAAACAAGUGGCAACAUCCAGAGCGUCAACUUACGAAAGGAUCUCUCGUUCUUAUACAAGACGAGCGAUUCCCACCUUCCAAAUGGCCUCUGGCUCGCGUCAUCGACACGCAUCCCGGUACAGACGGUCUAAUUCGCGUUGUUACGAUGCGCACUACCGUAGCGACUUAUAAACGACCGGUACAUAAACUGUGUCCGUUGCCGAUCAACGGUUCAAACAAUUAA